AUGUCAAUUAGACCUCUUACGCUAAAUGGCUUGGAUGAUCCGGAGACUUCUUUUGAGGAAUUGAAUACAACACUUCCGCGAUUUCAAUCCCACGAAACAUCAACAUUGAGAGAUAGCGCGCCGCCAUUGAGCACAUCAACGUAUUUACCGACUCCAUCAUCAAUAGGUACUUCCGACACUGGAACGGUUUUUUCAAACAGCGCUGAUGCAUUCUGGUCUGAUAAACAAGGUGACAAUGAUCAAGAUAUGGAAGUAGAACAGGAUGACGAAUUUUUGAAUGAUUUCCAAGAAUUUCAGAACAAGAAGGAUGAUUUUGAUGAUGCUAUAAAGACAAAUUUUCAUUUACGAAACAAGUGUGGGUCUACUCCCUUCAAGAACGUUGAUUUCGUAAACGAAUUUGAUAAAAAACUGAAUUUUGAACUAGACAAACCAAGAUUAAAGCAGCCCAGAUCGAUGAUGGAGCUAAAGUCAAGAAGGAAACUGUCAAACAGUGUAUCUUCAAAAAAUUUGAAAGGCGGGAAUUCAGUGAGAUUCAAAAAAUCCAUGCCAAACUUAGCGUUAUUUAGUCCAACGAUCCGAGAAGAAGAAGAAGAAGAAGAAGGUAAAGGGGAGGAACAACAAGAACAGGAUUAUGAAGAUGAUGAUACACAGGGUACAAUUUUGGCAAGAUUUAGUUCUGAUGACGAGGGUGGAUUUUUAACAGGAUUCGGAGAAUUGGAAGACGAACCUCUCGAUCAAACAUUUUCCCUAAGCCGUGGACAAGACCUUAAACGGCCCCCAUUCUUAAAAAGGAAGUCUGCUUCAUCGUUGCCAUUAAAGAUAUCGCCUACUCAGUAUGACAUAGUAAAACAUGACGAACUACUAACGCCCGGUCUCCAUAGCCGGCAACGGGAAUGGAAUACUCAACAGGAACUAGAUUCUUUCAGAGAGGAACGACCAGUUAGACGUUAUCCCAGCCACAAUUUACAACUUCAUGGACCAGCUAAAAUCAAAACAAUAAAACAACAGAUUGAUCACAACACUCCGAUGAAGAAGGGUUCAAUGGUAUAUAAUCCUCAGACUAUGAAGUGGGAAGGAAAUGAAAAUGUAUUAAACAAAUUCAGCGAUGUGGAUACAGCGAACAGGAAAGCUUUACUAAUAAAGAAUAAGCUCCAGCGAGAUGCUGAUGAUCAUACUGCAAAACAAAAAAGAUAUUCCGAUCUACAGAACUCAAGAUCCGCUUCAAGGAAUCAAAAGGUUGUCGGUAAUAUGGUCCUCGAUGAACAAAAUUUGAGAUGGGUAAGUAUAUCUGAGGAUGAAGCCGACCCUUUUGCAGGUAUUCCGGAGAUAAAUCCACCACCAGUGAGAACAACUAUGAAGAAACGCAGCUCUUCUCCAUUCUUACGUUCCCAAAGCCAACUGAGCCCAUCACCUUCCUCAAAUGGUAAUAAUGGUGGGUAUCAAAGUACGGCAGCUCAGGUAAGACUACGAAAAUACCAUUCCAUGAGGUCACUAAAUGCUCCACCCGAAGAUUUGGCGCUGAACACAACUUUCCACUUGAGCUCAAAAACACUGGAAAAAUUUUAUCACGAGGAGAAUAGAUGGAACAGAAAGUUGGCAUCUUGGUUCAUACCACAAGACGAGACCAUUACCGGCGUCGACGAAGAAACUAUGGAUGAAAGCACCAUUGGUGGCAAGAGAAAAUCUUACAUGUACGAAAUAAGGAAUAUGGUAAUAAACUCGACAAAGGAUUAA